CGGCGUUGCUGUGUGCACCGCCGGGCAGCAGGGGUCGCUGUCACUAGUAGUCUCUCCGCCAGUGGUUGCUCGGUGCUGUCUCCCGCUGGCGGCUGUCCGUACGCCGGUCCCCGCCGUCAUGUUCCGCAAGGCCCGGCGGGUGCAAGUGAGGAAGCGCAAUGACUCGGAGGAGGAGGAGCGGGAGCAGGAGGCGGUGGUGCCCCAGGCCGAGCACCCCACCAGCAGCGAGCCGCUCCAUCCGCCUCUCAUCCCCGGGCUGCUCCAGCACGACAACGGGCUACAGCCGGCCCGGCCGCCGAGAGUUGCCAGAGAGCCCAAGGCGGCCAGCCUGCUCAGCUUCCAGGACGAUGUGGAGGAAGAAGAAGUUUUUAAAAUAAAGAAAUCAACUCACAGCAAAAAAAUUGCAAAACUUCUUAAAAAAGAAUAUAGAGAUGACCUGGAGAAAGUGAGGCCCGGAAGUGACGGUUUCUCUGGAUUGGAUGGAGAUCAGUCACACAAAAACGCAGCCUAUAAAGAUGGCAUCCAAGACGAGGUGAUGGCCGGCAGCGACCUGGGCGAGGAGGAGAUGGAAGUAGAAAGUGAAAAGGAAGAGGAGAAGCCAAAAGCCGGCUCUUUCGCCAACUCUCUGUCCUCAUUAAAUGUUCUGCGUCCAGGAGAGAUCCCAGAUGCAGCUUUUAUCCACGCGGCUCGCAAAAAGAGGCAAUUGGCUCGGGAACUUGGGGACGUGCCGUCUAUAGAUACUGACGGCGGGAAAAGCCGCCUGGUGCGCGAGGACGAGAACGAUGCCAGUGAUGACGAAGACGAUGAUGAGAAGAGGCGUAUAGUCUUUUCCGUGCGGGAGAAGACGCAAAGGCAGAAGAUAGCGGAGGAAAUUGGUAUUGAGGGGAGCGACGACGAAGCUCUAGCAUCAGGGGAGCAGGAUGAGGAGCUCAGCCGCUGGGAGCAGGAACAGAUAAGGAAAGGCAUUAGCAUACCACAGGUUCAAGCACACCCACCCGCAGAAGCGAACAAUUUGUUCUACCCCAGCACCUACCAGGGAAUACCUUACGGUUCUUCUUACAAUGUUCCUUACACCUACUCUGCCUAUGGAUCUGCUGAGACAAAAUCUCAAAAACCAGAUAGUUCUGUCACUUUCAAAACUCCCAGUAAUGAGAUGACUCCUGUUACUAUUGAUUUGGUAAAGAAACAGCUUAAAGACAGGCUCCGCGCAAUGGAAGAAACUCACGAAGCAAACCUGGAACUUUAUGAGAAGCACGAGAAAAGUCGGGUAGACUCCAAUAGCGCAAUUAACCGCCUGGAAGGGUGUUCUGGGGGCAACGGUGAGCGGUAUCAGUUCUUGCAAGAAUUGCGAGGGUAUGUCCAAGACUUGCUUGAGUGUUUCCGUGAAAAGGUCCCCCUGAUAAACGAGCUGGAAUCUGCCAUGCACCAGCUGCACAAACAACGAGCCGCCCGCCUUGUCCAAAGACGACAAGAUGAUAUAAAAGAUGAAUCUUCGGAGUUUUCGAGCCAUUCAAGUAAAGCUGUAAUGGCCCCAAAUCUGGACUCUUUUGGACGUGAUAGAGUGUCUUAUCAAGAACACGCAAAGCAGAGGAGGAUAGCUGAAAGAGAGGCCAGAAGAGCACGGCGGCGGCAAGCUCGCGAGGUAACUGGUAAGAUGGCCGAACACCUUGAAGGUCUUUCCAGUGAUGACGAAGAGACUUCCACUGACAUCACCAAUUUUAACAUGGAGAAAGAUCGGAUUUUGAAAGAAUCCAGUAAAGUUUUUGAAGAUACUCUGGAAAAUUUUCAUUCUAUUGACUGUAUCAAAUCUCAGUUUGAAACCUGGCGCUCUACUUACUAUAACACAUAUAAAGAUGCUUACAUUGGUCUUUGUUUACCAAAAUUAUUAAACCCCCUAGUACGUCUUCAGCUUUUAACUUGGAACCCCCUGGAGCCAAAAUGUUGUGACUUUGAAAGCAUGAUGUGGUUUGAGGCGUUGCUGUUUUACGGCUGCGAGGAGAAAGAUGACAAGGAAGACGUGGACCGGGCGCUGUUACCGUCCAUAGUGGAGAAAGUUAUCCUUCCCAAGCUAACAGGUAUCGCUGAGCACAUCUGGGACCCCUUCUCAAACACGCAGACAAACAGGCUGGCAGCAGUGCUGCAGAAACUAAUUACUGGAUACCCCACCAUCGUAAAUUCUGACAACAAAAGCACAGAGGCACUUCUGAAAGCGUUGCUAAUGAGGAUGAGGAGAACCUUGGAUGAUGAUGUCUUUAUGCCUUUGUAUCCCAAAAAUGUGAUAGAAAAUAAGAACUCGGGACCCUGUGUGUUCUUCCAGCGACAGUUCUGGUCCUCUGUGAAGUUACUAGGGAACUUCCUGAAGUGGCACGGCAUCCUCUCCAACAGGAGCUUGCAGGAGCUGGCAAUAGACGGACUGCUGAACAGAUAUAUCCUGAUGGCGUUCCAGAAUAACGAGAAUGGAGAGGACAGCAUUAAGAAGGCCCAUAGUGUUAUCACAUAUUUUCCAAGGCAAUGGUUUUCAAAUCUUAAAGGAGGGAAAACCAUUCCACAGCUAGAAAACUUUGUACGGUAUCUCACGCACCUGGCUGGUUUCAUCUAUCGGCAAAAUGUUGGCUGCUCAGACAUGGAGAAGAGAAACGCCAGGGACCAAAUCAGACAGAUCGUAAAAUUACUAGCAAGCAUGAGGGCACUGGAAAUCGCUGCAGCUGUUGCCAACGACUACAAUGUGAAAGAUGUCAAAGCUUCAUCCGAUGGGAAACAAACUUGAACAGGCUGCAAGCUUUUAACUCAUUCCUGUCUCUUUUUGUACAUAUCCUGUAUGUAAAGUUUUCUUAACCUGUAUAAAGUGGUGUUGCUUUUAAUGCGAGAGUCAACAUUUCUACAAGACAAAGGACUGACGGACAGUUGUAAUAUAUUCACCUAGUCCCUUGUACAUAGCUCCGCCCAUGCAUCAGUCCACACGUCCUGUAUGAGUCUUGGGUGCCAUGAGAUGACGUGGCUGCAGUGCUAUGCUUAACGUACGGAGACAUGGCAGGCAGGAAGCGGUGUCUUCACUGGGACGUAAACAGGUUUUAAUGAUGCAGGAUACCAGUGAAUGAAACAUUUUUACAGAAUUACAGCCCGGAGCCACGAGAGCGGUUAUUGGAUAUGAGGAACCCAUGAUGACUGUUCUGUCUCCACUUGCAAAUGACUGAAGAAGUAUUAAAGUCGUAUCUAUUGCUAAGUAAGGGGGGGUUAUUUAUCAAAUUAAAUCUUUCCUGAUCCUU